AGGGAGAGAACUCCAGAGGAACGCCUGAGCGGAGCAGCACCGAGGACAGCGCCCGGCAGCGCCCGCGCCCUCGUCUUCCUCGUCAGCCCAGCUCACACACUCAGGUUCUCACUCACUCCACACUCGCACGGACGCACACUCGCAGACACACACUCGCUGUACAAUGGCAGAAUCACACCUGCAAUCAUCCCUGAUCUCAGCCUCACAGUUUUUCGAAAUCUGGCUUCAUUUCGACGCUGACGGAAGUGGUUACCUGGAAGGGAAGGAACUGCAGAACUUGAUCCAGGAGCUCCAGCAAGCGCGGAAGAAGGCUGGAUUGGAGUUAUCACCUGAAAUGAAGACUUUUGUGGAUCAGUAUGGGCAGAGGGAUGAUGGAAAAAUAGGAAUUGUAGAGUUGGCUCAUGUAUUACCCACAGAAGAAAACUUUCUGCUGCUUUUCCGAUGCCAGCAGCUGAAGUCCUGUGAGGAAUUCAUGAAGACAUGGAGAAAAUAUGAUACUGACCACAGUGGCUUCAUUGAAACUGAAGAACUGAAGAACUUUCUAAAGGAUUUGCUAGAAAAGGCAAACAAGACGGUUGAUGAUACAAAAUUAGCUGAAUAUACAGACCUAAUGCUGAAAUUGUUUGAUUCAAAUAAUGAUGGCAAGCUGGAAUUAACUGAGAUGGCCAGGCUACUACCAGUGCAGGAGAAUUUUCUUCUUAAAUUUCAGGGAAUCAAAAUGUGUGGGAAAGAGUUCAAUAAGGCUUUUGAGUUAUACGAUCAGGAUGGAAAUGGAUACAUAGAUGAAAAUGAACUAGAUGCUUUACUGAAGGAUCUCUGCGAGAAGAAUAAACAGGAUCUAGAUAUUAACAAUAUUCCAACAUACAAGAAGAGCAUAAUGGCUUUGUCGGAUGGAGGGAAGCUGUACCGAACAGAUCUUGCUCUGAUUCUCUGUGCUGGUGACAACUAGUUGGGUGAUGAAGACCACUUACUAGCGAUACAUUGUAUCUAAAAAAUAACUGUGCGCUAUAAAGGAGUAGGCUGCAUUUUCUUUUAUAUCUGUAAAUUUAACUGCAUAUAGAUAAUUAUCCAGGAUGUGUGCUACUUUCUUUUCAGCUUGUUUCUAUACUGUUUGUAAUGUACAGUUUUUGUAAUUAUAUGAUCGAAACGGAGAAUGAAUACACUUAGGCAGUCAAUAUACCCAA